CAGAUUUACACAGUACUUAUCAAUCCACACAAAGAGGCUCUGCGGUCUGCUCCAACCCUUGUUAAAAGAAGAUAUUCCGAUUUUGAGAAUCUCCACCAGCAGCUGAAGAAGAAAUACCCACCGGCUAUGACAAACAUUUCAUUCCCCCGGAAAGUUUUCACUGGGAACUUCACCAGCGAGACCAUUGCUAAACGCAGUACAGCUUUUGAACAGUACCUGGCCCACCUGUUCUCUUACUUCGAAAUCAGGUACUCUUAUGAUUUUAUGUAUUUCUUUGUCCAGGAUGACUUCACCACUGCGAUUCAGUGUUUCCUAAACAAAGAUUACAGCACUGCUGCAUGCUCUUUUGAGAAAACUCUUCCAGUCAUAGAGAAACUGUAUGGGGACUCACACCCCCACGUAUUCAACUGUCUGUGCGGUCUGGUGAUAUCAUAUUCAAAUAUGGAGAAAUAUGCCGUGGCUGAAGCUUGCGCUGAGGUGGCCUUGAAAUGCAGUGGCGCUGCAGAUGAUGAGACUAUGGCAUCCCUCAUGAUGACUACCAUCAGGCUGUGCUGGACUCUGGGCAAGGAUAAACAAGACUUGGAGAAGAGACUGCUGGAUAUUAG